AGGAACCCAUGCUGAGGGGAACAAACAUUUUGUCGCCGCUUGAUACGGAUGCGAACUUUUGGCCAGGCAGGAGAAUAUUUGUGCUUUUAUUACGACUCAUUGGAAGAAGAAAAAAGUUUAAAUUCGCUUGCAAAGUGUCAUUUUAGGCUAUGGAUGCAGCCAGAGUCGAGGGGACGCUGUGGAAUGUUAUGUACUAUCUAGUUGGAGCUGUCAGCAGAUUCCUUAGCCCAGAACCUUCUAACAUCAAUAAUGAGCCAGUCCAAGAAUCCAAAAGUGAUGAUCAAAAUGUUUCUGGUGGCGUCCGUGAGGAUCAAUCUGACAUGGGAGCGUGUCAGUUGAAUAAAUCGCUGCCUCCUCGGGCCGGUACGGAAGAUCAGCUCAAGACUGAACCACUGCCUGAAGGAUAUGAGAAGACGGAGGAUAACUUACCGGAAACCGGAAUAAAGUCUACAGACAUCAACAAAGAAGUUGUCCAAAUUCAUACGAGCGAGAUGAACACAGUUGACCUAAAACACACCAGCAACGGAGAGUCAGACGCAAUAACGGCUGAAGUAGAGGCGGACGACAAUUGCAUGGCAGAAGUAGAGGUCAAGGCGUCACAGGAAAUUGGCAAAGCCUUUAAAAAUCCGCCCUGUGAGCCAGCGUGCGAGGACCAGCCUCCUGAACACAACAAUGAGGCUUCUCCAGAUGGAAAUAAAACUCAAGGAUUCCUGGAAGCGGAGGAAAUGCAGACUCACCGACAAUUACAAGAAGAGGCGGAGAACCUUGGAAACACCACACUCCCAGAGCAGAAAUCGAAUGCACUUGAAGGCGACAUGGAAGAUCUUCAGGAGGAGAUUGAAGGAGUUGAUCUGGAACGAACUCUGCACUUGUGCAAUGCAUCCGGAGGCGACAAUGAGACCAGAAAGGAAACUGCGGGAUUCCCUCAUGAAAAACUCCACACGGACCAAGUCAUCCUCGAUACGACCUCAUCGGACGAGAGCUUUGACCCUGAACAAGACGAGCUAUCAGACGAGUCUAUGGACAGGCGGAACGACACGGAAAGCUUCUCGGUUAUAUCUUCGCCCGAGUUGGGCUUCUCGGAUUGCUCCUUUGGCGAGUCGGCUUCUACCUGGGAAGCGGCGAAAGCGCUCGAGCGGGCCGACGAUGGAGACGUUCUUAGGUCGGAUGCGUCGGAAACCCGAAAGAUGGAUUCCGAGGAGGAACUGGCGACGAAGAUUUUGCAAUCUUCGGACAAAGCGGAAAAGCCCAAAGGUGAAGAAGCUGAGGUGGGCAGCUUUGCGUUGAACUUUGCCCCUCAAAGGUCAAGAAUCGCCGCGAAAAAUCCUCGCGCGAGGCCACCGAAAGAUCGCCGCUCCCUUCUUCUGAGACCCUCUGUGGAUCCUGAAACUGCGCCGCCGGAAAUCCCCAAAAUCCCCGCCGGUGUUCAUGUGUUGGGAGGCUUGGGAUUCGGACUCAAGAUGCCCGGGUUCGGUUUAGGCUUUCCUGUUGUCAAAAAGGUACCAAAGACGGAAGUGGAGAUCAAACCAGUGCCAGAGACCGAUGCCACCAAACGAGCCGAGGUGCCGCGCAAACCAAAAUGGAUGCCACCGAGACAAGCAGGGUGGAUACAAAACUUCAUUUUUUUUCACGCAAAGCUUAAAAGCAGCAUGUUUUGUUUACGUUUCAUGUUGUGUUUUAGAUUUGGAAAUCCAUUCAUAUCAGAGCUCAAGACCAAAUUGAAGAAAGCCACCAAAAACUGAGAUGAACUGUACUUUUCUUUUGUGUGAAUACUGUAUUUGGAUAUAUUAUGAAAUGUUUUGUGUGAAAAUGAAUUUUGUAUUAAACUUAGAUCUAAAGCAACA